AUGAAAUUAGGAGAUUCUUUCCCAAACUUCACAGCCAAAACGAAUCUUGGCGAAAUUACUUUCUACGAUCACAAGGGAGAAAAUUGGGCUAUCCUGUUUUCUCAUCCUGCUGAUUUCACUCCUGUUUGUACAACAGAAUUAGCUAGAGCGGCUUCAUUAGCUGAAGAGUUCAAAAAAAGAAAAGUGGUUCUGCUCGCUCUGAGCUGCGAUUCUGCUGAAACUCAUAAAGAAUGGAUCAAUGAUAUUACUGCUUAUGCGGAUGAUGCUAAAGUUACUGCUGAACAGUUUCCUUUCGAAAUUAUCGAAGAUCACUCAAGAGAGCUAGCUACCAAACUUGAAAUGCUUGAUCCUAAUGAACUCGACAAAGAGGGUUUACCUUUGACUGCCCGCGCUGUUUUCAUUAUUGGCCCGAAGAACGAUCUCAAAGCCUCCAUUCUGUACCCCGCAACCACGGGAAGAAAUUUCGAUGAAAUUCUCAGACUUGUGGAUUCCCUCCAACUAACAAUGAAGCACCCUAUUGCUACACCUGAGAACUGGAAGAAUGGCGAUGAUUGCGUUGCCCAACCUUCCCUGAAGGAUAAUGAGGUGAAAGACAUUUUUGGAGAAGAUAAAGUAAAAUUCAUCGAUCUGCCCAGUAAGAAAAGUUACUUGCGCAAGGUCCCACAACCCAAUUAA